GUGAAGAGCACCUGGGUUCCGGCUGCUCGGAGGCGUGAGCGGAGGGGGGCGGUGGUCGGUGAUAGUGUUGACGAUGGUGGGUCUUCUGGGUCGUCCUCUUGUGGAGCAAAAAGAGCGAGACUUGACAUGCCUACGCGAUCUAAUGUGGAAGGCCGCUUUCAUCACCAGGAGCCAAGUUUCAAAGAGUCAUUGCCCGGUCAAGUUCGAGCUCCGGCGGUUUUCCGGUGCAUCAGAGUAACAGCCAUUACCGACGGUGAAGCAGAGGUGGCUUACCAGGCUACAGUGAAUGUCAGUGGACAUGUGUUCAAAGGGUUUCUCUAUGAUCAUGGAAUUGAUGAGAAAAAUAUUUUUCCUUGCAUUUCAAAAACGCAGUUGGAAAGCAGCAGCGGGAGGGACAAGUUUUCUUCUUCCCCUGUUGUCCACCCUCCAGAAACCAUUGGAGACCCUGAAAACUGAAGAUUUUGCUUUGAAGGUACUAGUACAACCUUUUCCAGGGUUUCAUUAUUGUCUAUUACUCCUAUGAUCUGAGAAUUUGGGAUGUCGUUACGCAUUGUGGUCUAUCUGAAAAUUAUUCAUCUUUAAUUUACAAUGAUUUACAUUGAGGAUAAACAACUAAAAGUCAGUUUCAUAUUCAUCUCCUUCUGUACGAACAAUCGUUCCAUGCCAAACCCAGAUACUCUGACCUUCUGGGCCAGAAAAAAGAAUAAAUUCAAAAUCAAGUU